GUACAGCCUUAGACAGUUAUCUCACAAGGAAAAUGGUGAUGGAAAUGUCUAGAAUCAAACAAAACCCCCUCUGACUCACACCAGACUACCUGCAAACACAUCACCGUACAUACAUAACAUUUCUCUUCACAUAUUUAGGUUUAUUUUUUUCUUAAUUGAGAUACCCCUGUUUUUAGGGUUUGUAUUUGAUUCAAGAAAAUGGAAGAUAUGUUACAGGGUGUUAAUGAAGUGGAACAACAGCUUAAAGAAGCUGGUAAACAGCUUGCUGCAUUUCCUUCUUCUUCUUCUAAUUUCACUACCAAAAACCUUCUUGACCUUCUUGAUAAAAUCGAGCUACUCUUGACGUUUGUGCGUCAAGCACCAUCUAUCUCAAUGCAAGGUGCACUUGUUCCCUCGAUGGGGGCGCUAAUUGGUGAUGAGCUAUUAAAGCAUAUGGAUGUGAAUGUUAGAGUAUUAGUGGCAUCAUGUCUUUGUGAAGUAACAAGAAUCACUGCACCAGAACCGCCUUAUAAGGAUGACAUUAUGAAGGAAAUCUUCCAGCUAUAUGUGAUGGCUUUUGGGGAACUAUCAAAUGUGACCGGUGACAGUUAUUAUAAAGCUAUUCACAUUCUAGAGUCUGUUGCUAAAGUUAAAUCAUGCUUAUUGAUGCUAGACCUAGAGUGUGAUGCUUUGGUCCUUGAAAUGUUUCGGCAAUUUUUAAGUCACAUUAGGUUAAAUCACCCUCAUAACGUAUUCUCAGACAUGGAAACUAUAAUGACUUUGAUCAUUGAAGAAAGUGAUGAAGUUGCCACCGAGCUUCUAUCCCUUCUCUUGUUUCAUGUCAAGAAAGAAAAGCAGAAUCUUUCGCCUGCUUCAUGGAAAUUGGCAGAGAAGGUCCUGAGGAAUUGUAAUGGUACCCUUCAAUUAUACUCUGAAACAUUAUUAAAACUCAUAAACUCUGAUCCUGAUGAUUACGCUGAAGUGGUGACUCUUCUAUGCCAGAAUGUCAAUGGAGAUGAAUCUGUGGUAACCAAAUCAGCGAAGGCUAAGAAUAUUCACUCAAGGGAUCGUAAUAAUUUUGUGAAUGGGGGAUCCACAAAGAAGCGAAAAACUGAUACCCAAAAACAGUUAAAGGGAAAAGAACUAGAAACUCCCAAAAGGGGUCGACCAAUUAACAAGAAAAACUAUUUAAAUCAAGAUAGUAGUCCUAGCUUAGUCCAGAACUCACAGGAAGAUGCAAGGAGAACUAGAUUUCAGGGCAAAUCUAAAGUAGUAAACCAAGAAUAUGAUAACUUGUCUGAUUAUGAUGGAGAGGAACUGUUGUCACAACAAACGAAUAAAGUACAAAGUAGAAGUAAACCUUCUUCCAAGAAGCGUAUUGCUAAUGAUUUUCAUGGAAAGGAAAAUGUAAAGAAAUGGGGGCAAGAUUUAGUGGGGCAUAAUAUAAAAGUUUGGUGGCCCUUGGAUAAAAUGUUUUAUAAAGGUGUUAUUUCUUCUUAUGACCCUAUAGUUGACAAGUACAAGGUGCUAUAUGCUGAUGGCGAUGAAGAAGUGCUGGAUUUAUAUCACGAGAAGUGGACAAUGCUUGAUGAGGCGUCACCUGAUCGACGACUUGAGAAAGUUCUUGCUUUGCCAAGCCCCGUCGCCGUGACUAUACCUGCCAGGAAGCUGACGCGGAAGGGGAAAAAAAAGCUAGAAUCGUCACCAAUGCCAGAAGAGAACUCUAAUGCACCAAAAAGCCCAGCACCUGCUGACUCAACGAAGGCUGAACCCACAAGAGAACUUGAAAUCGCCAGUGCAAAUACUUCAAAUACGAACAUUCCAUCUGUUCUUGAUAGUCAGAUGGAAGAUUUGGUUCAGACAUCUGACAUUUCUAGUGAACUUAAGGUAACUGAAAAAGCGCCUGCUGACUCAACGAAAACAGAAACCACAAAAGAACAUGAAAUUGCAGGUGCAAAUACUUCAAACACGAACAUUUCAUCUACUGUUGAUUAUCAGAUGGAUGAUUUGGUUCAGACAUCCGGCAUUUCUAGUGAAGUUCAGUUGACUGAAAAGACAAAAACUGACAUGGUGGAGCAAGAAGGUGAGCCAAAUCUGAGUGGAGAAUUGGAAGAAAAGAGUGUGCCUGGCCCAAGCGAAACGGCACAAAUAGGGGAAAAAGACGAAGACUUAGCUUGUGCAAUCCCGGAUCACCAUACAGCAUAAGUAGAAGACUUUGGGAUAGAAAACCCCAAGAGGGACAACUGGGCGAUUUUGUAGAUGGAGACAUGAAUUGACCUAUUCAACAAUCAAUCUUCACUAGUGAGAUAUGCAGAGUAGAUUUUAAUCUUUAUCGAGAGAUGAGAUGCAUGAUCUUUUUGAAUGCUAUGUAUAGUAUGUAAGGAUCAUCAUGUGGCUUCCAUCAAUCUUUUGGAUUUUUGUCUCUGAUCUUGUUUUGCCCGGAAAUGAGAAAUGGUUUUGUUGACCUGAA